UGCUGAACUUGUUCUCACAUCCCUUGAUUAGCCGUCAGACCAUGAGACAGUCGUUCCUCCCUUGAUGAGCGCCUUAUUCGCACACACCCGGGCCCAGCGCUACUAGCACAGCCUGAGAAACCUCUGGAGCCUUGGCACGUUGAACAGCUGUAGCAAGGCUGUAAUAGAUCGUAUUAGACGGCGCACUCAUAUCCGCAGUACUCUACCCCGUGUCUUCCUGACUACCACGCCUGCCAGCUGCGCAUCAUCGACCUUUCUCAAGUCAAUGCCACUAUAACUGGGCAAUCUGAGCCUUCACGUCUGACACUCAACGCUCGUCUCCUUACCACAUCUUCGGGGCUGUCAUUCAUCUGAGCGACUGACUUCGAGUUCUCUUGGCAGAGCUUGAUCUACCAUGAGUUUGGACCAGAAUCUUUUCACGCUCCUUCUGACGCCAAAUACCUCUGACUCAAGCGGGCUUGUGACUGACCUCACCGAUCCUUCGGGAAACGUACACUACCGCAAGCGACGUAUACCCGGGCAGGUAUACAAAAUAGAGGUGUAUGACCCCAUUUCAGACUCCUUGCUCGCCUCUGCGACUUCUCCAAGUGCGACGAGUAAACAUAAAACGGUAGAAUUAUACAAUCCCUCCAAGGUCAUCGAGCUGAAAUAUACCGGCACCCUGACUUUCCGAUGGUCCUUCAAAUGGGAGGAACACGAAUUUGAGUGGAAACGAGAGGAAUGUUUCAUGAUUAGAAAGCCCGACCCACCUGUGAUGGUUGCGGUGACCAAGGAGCCUCCCGGUAGAAUAAAGACAGCAUCCGUCCAAAUUCUAGAUUACAAUCUCAAUAGAUUUGAUAUAGAAGAUCGAAAAGGGCUAGAAAUCGUCAUCCUGGCCGCAUUGCUCACCUUUCAAGAUGCCAGCGAUACGUACCACGAGUCACCCGGCGACAGCAAUUCAGCGUCGACACCUGCUGUUCUUGCUGCGACUACUUCAGCUCUAAAAAGCUUUACAGACAUGACUGCGCGGAAAGUGUCAGGCGGAUCUACAUCUUCUCCACCAGUCCCGCCACCAAAACCCGCGCCAAAAACAGGUGUCGCAAGGAUUGCCGAAAUCCAGGCAUCCAGAGGCGAAGUCAAUGAGGUAUUAAUCACUGACGAGUGUUCCUCUAAGGAUUAUGCGCAAUAUUGUGCACGGAUGCUACAGGACGAAGCGAUGCUGUUCAUAUCCAUACGCUCUUCAGGUGCAUCCCAGGUUCCUAAAGUGCUGCAAGUAGUCGAGGAGACGAAACGCAUCCGGCACAAAGCAGGCGAUAAAGAUAUUUAUCAAUAUGUUCUGCAUGAUGCGAUACCACUCAAGGGCCCGAAAACGAUCAACCUGGACGAUAAGAAAGACAAAGCAAAGGUCAAGGAUUAUACCCCGCCGAGCAACAUCGUAGUCCAUCUCAGUAAAGUCGACAUGCCCGAGUUACGGCCAAGGAGUGCAAUUCCUACCCGCCCUGAAGAAGGACGGUCGGGUACAUCGAAAGAGCGAACGAAGGAUGGGAAGAGCAAGGAAACCCGCAAGGACAAAGAAAAGAAAGUAAAAGAAUCAAGUGACAAGGAACGGAAGGAGAGGAAGACACGCGAGAAAGAGCACGCCACGGAAAAGGCAAAGCUUCGAUCAAAGUCUAGCGCGCCCGCACUCGCUUCGUAUAUCUCCCCCCAGCCGGCUUCGACAUCACAGCGGCCUCAUAUACACCCGCACCAAUCGCAUCUACACAAGUCGUUGCCCUCGCAGCCCAAUAACCGUACCAGUUAUUCGGCUCCUCCACUGCCUCCCCGUCCAAUGCACCGCGUGGCUUCACCACCUGACCGGCACUCGACGUACGGGACAUACCCGGUGUCAUACCAAGUCCGGUAUUCGUCCAGCCCUCAACGUCUCGAAACCCCCGUUUCACCAUCAUCGCCUUUACCUCCAUCAGCUGGGCUGCUGGGUAGAUUACUCGGGAGAUGAACAAGGUCUGCCCUACUACUUUCUUGGACCAUUGCGCUCGAUUGCCGGUGCAGUCGGACGAUGCGAUGUAGAAUCUAACUUAUCGGAGUUAUAUCCAGCUUUCACAAUCGCAAUUUCAGAAUCCAUAUGGACGUGUAAGUUUUACUCGAUACCUC